ACCAGACCACAACACUCAGAACCUUGACAAUGGACAGAGUUUAUGAAAUCCCCGAGGACGCAAAUGUGGAUCCGGUUUCAUCUCUGGAAGAAGAUGUCAUCCGUGGGACCAACCCCCGCUUUACCUUUCCAUUUAGCAUCCUCCUCUCCACCUUUUUGUACUGUGGGGAGGCUGCAUCCGCCUUGUACAUGGUUAGAAUCUAUCGAAAGAAUAAUGAGACCUACUGGAUGGCAUACACCUUUUCCUUCUUUAUGUUUUCAUCCAUUAUGGUCCAGUUGACCCUAAUUUUUGUCCACAGAGAUCUGGCCAAAGAUAAACCGCUGUCAUUAUUUAUGCAUCUAAUCCUCUUGGGACCUGUUAUCAGAUGUUUGGAGGCCAUGAUUAAGUACUUCACACUGUGGAAGAAAGAGGGGCAGGAGGAGCCCUAUGUCAGCCUCACCCGAAAGAAGAUGCUACUAGGUGGCGAGGAGGUGCUGAUAGAAUGGGAGGUGGGCCACUCCAUCCGGACCCUGGCUGUGCACCGCAAUGCCUACAAACGUAUGUCACAGAUCCAAGCCUUCCUGGGCUCAGUGCCCCAGCUGACCUAUCAGCUCUAUGUGACCCUGAUCUCCUCAGAGGUCCCCCUGGGUAGAGCUGUGCUAAUGGUCUUUUCCCUGAUAUCUGUCACCUAUGGGGCUACCCUCUGCAAUAUGUUGGCUAUCCAGAUCAAGUACGAUGACUACAAGAUUCGCCUUGGGCCACUAGAGGUCCUUUGCAUCACCAUCUGGAGGACAUUGGAGAUCACUUCCCGCCUUGUGAUUCUGGUGCUCUUCUCAGCCACCUUGAAACUGAAGGCUGUGCCCUUCUUAGUGCUCAACUUCCUGAUCAUCUUCUUUGAACCUUGGGUUAAGUUCUGGAGGAGUGGUGCCCAGAUGCCCAAUAACAUUGAGAAAAAUUUCAGCCGGGUUGGCACUCUGGUGGUACUGAUUUCAGUCACCAUCCUCUACGCUGGCAUUAACUUCUCUUGCUGGUCAGCCCUGCAGUUGAGGUUGGCAGACAGAGAUCUUGUUGACAAAGGUCAGAACUGGGGACAUAUGGGCCUGCACUAUAGUGUGAGGUUGGUAGAGAAUGUGAUCAUGGUAUUGGUUUUUAAGUUUUUUGGAGUGAAAGUGUUACUGAAUUACUGUCAUUCCUUGAUUGCCUUGCAGCUCAUUAUUGCUUAUCUGAUUUCCAUCGGCUUCAUGCUCCUUUUCUUCCAGUACUUGCAUCCGUUGCGCUCACUCUUCACCCAUAACGUAGUGGACUACCUACACUGUGUCUGUUGCCGCCGGCACCCCCGGCGCAGGGCUCAGGAUGCGGAGCCAUCCUUUGAGACUGAAGCAAGGCAAAGCAUUGUCUGA